AUCAUAUAUCACGCACAAGUGUUCCUCAAGACUCGACUUUUCUGUAAUUCCUUAAAUAAUAAAUGAUUUCAGAAUCAGAAUCCACCGAUAUUCCAACAGAAACUCGCCGGGUUCUGACCCAUCCGGCCGUUCAUCCAUCCAAAAAUGUUUCCCCGGCGGCUCUUCUCGGCUCCCUUCUUAGCAUUUCGCAUAACAUAAUCGGGUACAGGUCCAAAUCCUCCGUCUUCUUCUUCUACUCCAAUCAUCGUGUUGUCUCUGAAUCGAUUCGCCUCGUCAGACUACUCUCUGAUUUCUUUUCUGAAAUCAAGAGCCACCAUGUUACCUCCACUGUCCUCCUAUGCUUGUCCGACCUCUAUAUCAUCUUCCAGAGAAUCGAGUUCCUUCUGCAAGACUGUUGUCGCGAUGAUUGCCGGCUAUGGAUGCUCAUGAAAUGCGAUUGCGUCGCUGAUCAGUUCCGCUCCCUUAUGAGGACACUUUCCACCACAGUUGAUGUCAUCCCCAUGCAUUUGCUACAUGUCCCUAGUGAAGUCCAAGAAACGACUCAGCUUGUAAUAAAACAAGCUCGGACUUCACCAUAUGAUGUUACCUCAGGUGAUCGACAUUCUUCCAAUAAAAUUAUGUCAAUUCUAGAUCAAUUCGAGGAAGGGAUCGCUCCAGAGUCUAGCGAGUUGAGGAGCAUACUCAGUCAUUUGGGGAUUCAAAGCUGGGGUCAAUGCAAUCAAGAGAUUAACUUCCUAGAAUCGGAAUUAGAGCUUGAAUCCUCUAAUUACGUUAGUCCUAAGAACAAGACAGACCUGCCACUCUUGGUCUGCUUACUUGGGUUUAUGAGCUACUGUCGUUCCGUUCUUUUCGUUGAUGUUAUCGAUUAUGCACAUAAUAAUAAUAAUAAUAAUAAGAAGAAGAACAAGGCCGCAUUUCAAAGCUACGACGCCGCCGCGAUUAGACACCUAAAUCCAGACGAUUUAAGGUGUCCCAUUUCCCUGGAGAUCAUGGCUGAUCCAGUCACACUGUGUACGGGACACACGUACGACCGAUCCUCCAUUUCGAAAUGGCUAAGCAAUAAUGUAAAGCCAACUUGUCCCAAAACCGCUCAGCUGCUCACUAGAAAAACCUUGCUUCCCAACCUGAAUCUGAAGCGGUUAAUUCAGCAGCAGCAGCAGAAGCAGCAGCAGCAAAAUUGCCACGACAAAGGCAAUAUUAUUAUUAAUGAAGCUGAAACGAUGAUGCCGCCCUGUAAGGACCGGGAGAAACGGAAAAGCUCAGUUCUUGUAGGCGCUGAAUCUGUGAAAAUGCUUGGCAGGUUUCUGGCUGGAGUCCUGGCUGCUGAUAAGGAGGAGGAGAAGGAUACAGUACUAAAGAUGAACAAGGCUGCGUACGAGAUUCUCCUUCUCACCAGAACAAGCAAUUUGAACAGGUCUUGUUUGGCUGAAGCAGGUGUAAUCCCCUUCUUACUGAAACAUAUUAAAAAUUCAGCAGCAGAGGAUGCAGUUUCUCAAGAGAACGCGAUGGAAGCCCUGUUUAACCUGUCCGAGCAUCCAACGAGCAAGCCUAUCAUUAUUGAGAAUGGAGGUCUAUCUACAGUGGUUAAAAUUCUGAGGGAAGGAGCUAAAGUAGAAGCUCGUCAGCACGCAGCGGGCACACUGUAUUGCCUUGCAUCCGUGCAGGAGUACCUUCCAUUGAUCGGGGAAGCCCCCGGGUGCAUUCCAGGUCUUAUGUGUUUAAUCUGGCAAGGAAGCUACAGGAGCAAGAAGAAGAGUUUGAUGACGAUUACGGCGCUGCUGAGGAACAGAAGCAACCACAAGAGGAUAGUGUCGUCAGCUCAUUUGGUGCCUUUGGUGGGUAGGCUGCUGGAAGUGAAGGAUGAGAAGGAAGAUAUUGUGAUAGAGUGUCUGUCAAUUUUAGAUCUUCUUACGGAGAGGCCUGCGGGUAUAAUGGCUGUUCUGAAGGCCCGUGUGUUGAGUCGGGUGGUGGAGAUUUUAUGUUGGUCUGAUUCGGAGACAGUAUUGGAUCAUUGCGUGUCGAUAUUGCUAGCUAUGUGCGUGAGUGUGGGUGAAGAAUUGGUUCCUGCUUUAGUGGAGAAGCGUUCUCCAAUGGAUCCUUUGUUAUCUCUUCUUAAGAGAAGGCCGUCGUGGUCUCCUCCCGGCAGGAAGGUGUCUACUCUUAUUAGGAUCAUUCGUAACUUCCAAGAAACUAGUUUGCCCACCGGUGGUUACAUUGAACAAAGAUAUCGUCAUGCAAGAGCAAGACCAACACCUUUUCUACAUUAAUAUUAAUUAGCUGAUUCACUUUUUCAAGACCUAAUUCAUUUAUUUAUAACUAGUACUAGUAGACUAGUAGUAGUAGUUGUGACAACUUUUUUUCAGGUAUUUUAAGGUAUC